AAUGCUCCUUCCUAGGCCAGAGUGGUGCUCACCCUCAUUUUUUAUAGGAUGAAAGCUUUGAGAACUGUGUGUAAAAUUAAUCAAGGGAAACUUGCUAAAAUAGAGGCAAAGAAACAAGACGGAGGAGCACUUGACAGUCAAUACAAUCUCUGUAGCAAGAGACCUUCUUGGCAUCUCUGGCAGGAAGUGACACUACUACUGCCAGCAGGAAGGUUAGCAUUACAUGAAGGUUUCAACCUGGAUCCAGAGAAGACUCCCCAACAACUCCAAGGCUGGUGAGCAAACAGGUGCUGGUACCUACAGAGAAAGCCCACAGAGCUCACUGCUUUCUUGCCAACUUUGGAGUUUGAGGAGAACAGACUCCUGGAUUCAUGGGACGUAUGUAAAAAAAGCACUAGAGCCUGACUUGACCUGCAUACCAUCUGGUGACCUGAAGGCUUGUGUGUGCCCCCUGCCCUGCACAGCCAUGGCCCUGGUCAGCAUCAACCAGCUUCCCGAGAGCAUCCUGCUGGAGGUGUUCACUCACCUGCCCGCCCGCCAGCUGCUGCUGAACUGCCGCCCCGUCUGCAGCCUCUGGCGUGACCUCAUUGACCUCGUGACCCUCUGGAAGCGCAAAUGCCUAUGUGAGGGCUUCGUCGCUGAGGACUGGGACCAGCCCGUGGCCGACUGGAAGGUCUUCUACUUUCUGUGCAGCCUCCGCAGGAACCUCCUGCGCAACCCGUGUGCUGAAGAUGAUAUGACGUCCUGGAAAAUUGACUCCAACGGGGGGAACCACUGGAAGGUGGAGAGCCUCCCUGGAGCCCAUGGCACAGAUUUUCCUGACUCCAAAGUCAAGAAGUACUUCGUCACAUCUUACGGCAUGUGCCUCAAGUCCCAGCUGAUAGACCUUAAAGCUGAGGGCUACUGGGAAGAGCUGCUGGACAAGUUCCGGCCAGACAUCGUGGUCAAGGACUGGUUCGCCGCCAGAGCAGACUGUGGCUGCACCUACCACAUCCGAGUACAGCUGGCCUCCGCUGACUACAUCGUCCUGGCCUCCUUCGAGCCCCCGCCUGUGACCAUCCCUCAGUGGAACGAUGCCAGGUGGACAGAGGUCUCCCACACCUUCUCGGAUUACCCUCCAGGUGUCCGCCACAUCCUCUUCCAGCAUGGGGGCAAGGACACCCAGUACUGGGCAGGCUGGUACGGGCCCCGGGUCACCAACAGCAGCAUCAUCGUCAGCCACAGGAUGAGCAGGAGCCCAGCCCCCUCGGUCGUACAGCCUUAGCCCAUGCAGGGGCCAAGGGAGGCCACCCCCCCUCCCUUCCCCACUCCUUCCCCAGAGGCCCUCCUGACAGUCAGCCAUGCAUCUGUCCUCUGUCCAGGCCAGCCGAGCACCAAGGGUCACCUCCAGGCAAGGGCUGAGCCAGCAGCAGGCAGUAAGGUCCCUGCCCCGGCCCCAGCCUAGGCCAGACCCACCAGUCUGUGAACUUACUGUCACGCAGCUCUGAUAUCUUGUUGUAAUAAAUGUUUUCAAUAAAAGUAGCCUGGGGUUGGGUCUAGGGGUGAGGGCACAAGGUCCUUAGCACUUUGGCAGAGAAGCAGCACCCCCCUCAAUCCCGGGUAGUGACAGCCCGGCUCAGCCUGGGGGCUCUUUAUUGAAACAACUCACAGCAUAGCAUUUGAGACAGCACUGGCAGCCGGGUCCCAGGAGGCUGAGAAACUGAGGUCUCAGCCCCCUUCACUGCCCUCCUGGGAGGGUCCCUCCAUGCAGGCAGCCAGGCCUGAGCAGCCCCAACCUGGAGGGUGGGUGGUCCACACACAGAGGCGAUAAGAGCACUUGGAGUCAGGGUGGCCCUGCAGCACUGCCCUAGGCUGGGCCCCCCGAAGUCCGACAGCUGCGGCAUCCACGGGGUGGGGGGUGGGGCAGGCACACCCUCAGCUGCUUUUAUGAGCUCGCUCUUCCACGUACAGCUGCAUCUGAUGGACAGGAACGAACAACCAAGGUCAGGUGGACGGCCCGGGCACCUCCAAUGGAGAAUCAAUCCCCGGGGUCUCUGCCAAGGGUGGGACUGUGUGGCCCCAGCCAGGGGUUAAGGAAAGAGGGAAUUGGGAGCCUUACACCGGCCUGCCCCCAAGCCUGGAUCCACAAGCCCUCGGGCCAGGCCUCAGCAUACCCUAAAUAAAGCGAAUUCGGGCCCCAAGCAUCUCACCUUUAA